AUGUCAGACCUCCAACAUCGUAUUUUACAGGUUUUGGAUGCACAAGAUGUUAUCCAGGAUACAAAAGUACAGUUUCCCGAAUUAGAUUCGCAGACGGUUCAAGCCGCUUUGAACUCUCUGCUCGCUAGAUCUAUGAUCAAGUACACAAACAUUGAAACCGAUUACUGGCUACUUACGGAUGAGGCCAAGGAUAUCGUCCAGAAUGGCUCCCACGAGUUUAGAUUGUUGCAGGAAGUCACUAAGAACUUAGAAGGUCUGAAGAUUGCGGAUGUCGGAACAGUUCUAGGAAAGAACGGUAAACUAGGCCAGGCCAAGGCCUUUAAAAAUGGGUGGAUUUCCAAAGAUGGUGACAGAUUAUUGACAAAAUUCAAGGACAGCCCAUUGCCAAAGGAUGAAACUGCUCAAAAUUUAAGAGACAUUCAAGAGAACCAAGGUGCGGGUGUAGACAAGAAGGAACUGCAAGACCUAAAGAAGAGAAAACUGAUUACCAUGAGUAAGAUUGUAUCCUACAAAGUUGAAAAGGCAGCUGAAUUUAGUCUAGAAAUCGUUCAAUUGAAUGCUGACAUCACCAGUGAUAUGAUUCAGUCUGGGUCGUGGAAAACUGCCAAAUUUAAGCCUUACAAUUUCAAUUCUGAAGGUGUCUUUCCACAUAGUGGAGCUCUGCAUCCUUUGAACAAAGUCAGGGAAGAGUUCAGACAGAUUUUCUUUUCUAUGGGUUUUACUGAAAUGCCUUCUAAUCAGUAUGUCGAGUCUGGAUUCUGGAAUUUUGACACUCUAUUCGUGCCACAACAACAUCCUGCCAGAGACUUACAAGAUACCUUCUAUUUGAAAGACCCAGCUUUAGCAAAGCGUCCAGAAGACAAAGAGUACUGGGAAAACAUUCAAAGAGUUCACCAAGAUGGAGCUUUUGGCUCUAUCGGUUACAGAUAUCCUUGGAAGGAAGAUGAAUCAUUAAAAAUGGUACUGAGAACACAUACUACAGCCAUUUCCGCUGCCAUGUUGAAAAAACUAGCCGAGGAUCCAAAACCUACCAGACUCUUUUCCAUUGAUAGAGUUUUCAGAAACGAGGCUGUGGAUGCUACUCAUUUGGCUGAGUUCCACCAAGUAGAGGGUGUUUUAGCUGACUACAACCUGACGUUAGGAGAUCUGAUAGGGUUCAUGCAGUCGUUUUUUGACAAGAUGGGAGUCCACGAUCUUCGUUUCAAGCCUGCAUACAACCCAUACACAGAGCCAUCAUUGGAGAUUUUUGCAUAUCACAAAGGAUUAGGUAAAUGGGUCGAAAUUGGAAAUUCUGGUAUGUUUAGACCAGAGAUGUUGGAGCCAAUGGGAUUGCCUAAGAACCUAAGAGUACUAGGAUGGGGAUUGUCACUAGAGAGACCCACUAUGAUUAAGUAUAAGCUGAGCAAUAUCAGAGAUUUACUGGGUCAUAAGGUGUCUUUGGACUUUAUCGAGAGUAACCCUGCUGCUAGGUUGGAUGAGGACUUGGUUUAG